CUAAUUUUAUUUUCUUUCUUUACAAAGCACAUAUCAAAAAUGGCUACCAAAGAACAAAAGCAAGACAAGAAUGACCAGGUUGAAGCCAUGGAUAUUGUUGAAGACGAGGGUGCUAAACAAGAACGUCUUGUAAAGGAGACAAUUUCAGAAAUCAAGCGUAACUUCACCUUACUGGAACGUGCGGUUGACACUAUUGAAGCUAGAUUUACAACACGAGUCUUAAGAACAUUACCUUCAAUUAGACGUCGUUUAACUUCUGAUAUUCUUGCUCAAGUGAUCUCGGAUUACUUUGGUCCCAACGACUCUCAAAAGACUGAACUUCUGAAGUAUUUGAGCGAAAUUGAAAAGCCUACAACAGAAGAGGACGUAGAGAAGAAGGGAUCUGUUUUACCUGAAGUCGACAUUUAUCUUCACUUAAACGUAUUGAUCUAUCUUUUAGAUAAAAAUGAGAUUGCAAAGGGUCUUGAAUUAGCAAACAAGACCGUCGACAGAAUGAAUGUUAUGAACCGUAGAACAAUGGAUCAAAUCGCCGCCCGUGUAUACUUCUAUCACGGUCGCUUCCAUGAAUUAUCCAACAAACUUGCUGAAAUUAGACCUGUUCAGUUAGCAGCACAUAGAACCGCCACCUUAAGACAUGAUGAUGAGACUCAAGCAACAUUGUUGAAUUUAUUGUUGCGUAAUUAUUUCUUCCAUAACCUCUAUGAUCAAGCCGAUAAACUUGUUUCCAAAAGCACAUUCCCUGAGAAGGCAGGCAACAACCAAGCUGCUCGUUAUGCUUAUUAUCUUGGACGUAUCAAGGCACUUCAACUCGAUUACACCUCUGCCCAUACGUAUUUGACACAGGCCAUCAGAAAGGCUCCUCAAAAUAACGUUACAGCCGGUUUCCAGCAAACUACCAACAAAUUCUUUAUUGUUGUUCAACUUUUGAUGGGUGAAAUCCCUGAAAGAUCUCUCUUUAGACAACCUAUUUUGAAGAAGGCUUUGGUGCCUUACCUCGCUAUUACUCAAGCUGUUCGUGUUGGUGAUCUCAACAAAUUUCAAGAAGCAUUGGCUCAAUAUGACGCUAUCUUCAAAAAGGAUAAGACGUACACCUUGAUUCUUCGUCUACGUCACAAUGUUAUUAAGACUGGUAUUCGCAUGAUCAGUCUUUCUUACUCCAAAAUUUCAUUGAGAGACAUUUGUAUCAAACUUCAUUUGGAUAGUGAAGAAGAUGCUGAAUUUAUUGUUGCAAAGGCAAUUCGUGAUGGCGUUAUCGAUGCCACUUUGGACCACUCGAAGGGAUUCAUGAAGAGUAAGGAGAUUGUUGAUAUCUACAGCACUAAUGAACCUCAAAACGCUUACCAUCAACGUAUCAACUUCUGUCUGAACCUUCAUAAUGAUGCUGUCAAGGCAAUGCGUUUCCCUAUGGAUGCACAUAGAAAGGAGCUGGCUAGUGCUGAGGAAGCAAGGGAGAGAGAGAGAGAGCUUGCUCAAGAAAUCGCAGAAGGUGAUUUGGAUGAAGAUGAUGAAAUGGGCGAUUUUUAAAUAAAAUAAAAAGGAAUAAAUAAAAUGUUAAAAUGGA